CCGGGCCAGUCUCUCAGUGUUCACUCUCGUCGACAAUGGGAAACGGCGUGAUAAUGGCGCGAAACACCACUUGACUGGAAGGCAAGCGGUGCGACGCGUUUCACCGCGACCAUGCGAACGAAUCGUUUCGCGUUCUCGGGAAUCACCGUCUCACGGAAAUCGCGGAAGAUCGACGUUUCCUCAAUUCUGACCUCGCCGAGCCUAUUCCUCAUGAAUGCGUACGUCACUUGGUGGAAGUAAGAUCUCGGGAACAGCAGGAACAAUGUACGGCAUGCUGUUGGAGAGUGUCCAGCACUUCGUGCAGUUAGAGUAUGGCGAGGAUGUGUGGCUUCAGCUCCUGGAAAGAGCUGAUUGCAAGCAUAUGGUUUUCAACACGCGGCAAAAGUAUCCCGACGAGCUCAUGACGAAUUUAGCCGCUGCGUUGGCUGAAUUCAACGGCCAGUCCGUGGAGGAUGUAAUGCAAUUCUUUGGGAAGUGUUUCGUCCGAUUUUUUAGCAACUUAGGAUAUGCCUGCAUGAUAAAAGCCACUGGCCGCUAUUUUUGUGACUUUCUACAAAGCGUCGACAAUAUUCACAUGCAGAUGAGAUUCACGUACCCAAGAAUGAAAAGUCCUUCCAUGUACACCACACACGUCGACCCACAAGGUGUAGUGUUGGUUUAUCGAAGCACUAGGAAAGGAUUUACGCAUUAUCUUAUGGGUCAGCUGUUCCAAAUAGCAAAAGAGCUGUACGAAACAGAUUUGGUCAUACGAGUAUUAGGAAGUUCGAACAAUAUCCCUGGGUCCAGAAGCGUAAUGGUUAAAUUCCGCAUCGAUUUCGACAAUCGUGAAUACAUCGCGAAGAACAACAGUAUGAAAACUCCGCUUGGCCGUGAAUUGGCACCGGUGUCAAUCUCGUUCCUCUUACGCCUUUUCCCGUUUGGAGUGGUAAUCAACAAGGAUAUGAAAAUAUUGGGGGCCGGUGAUAAAUUGCUGCAGGCAUGGGGCGGCAGUUCGUCCAUCUUGAACAAACACGUCACGGAUGUUUUCAAAGUUCGCAGGCCUAAAGGGAUAUCUUUCACGUGGGGAAACGUGAUGUACUUGCAUUCGGUUCAGUUUGAACUGGAGUUGAUCAGAUUAAACGAUAACGAUCCUUCGUCAAACUCAGACAAUACGCCGAGCACCAGCUCCGGAUUGGAUAGGCGAGGCAGUCAAGGAGCUAGAAGCAUACUACUGAAAGGUCAGAUGAGAUAUAUCGAGGACCUUAAAGCAAUUAUUUUCCUGUGUAGUCCCCUCCUAGACGAGUUGCUUAACAUGGGACUGUACCUGAACGAUCUAAACCCCCAUGGCUUGAGCCGUGAGUUAGUACUCGCCGGAUGGCAACAUUGCGGAAGAUUAGAGAUGAUGUUCGAGAGAGCCGAGCAAAGAUCGACCGAAUUGGAGAACAGUUACGCGUUAUUGGAUCGCUGGAAGAAUAAGAGUGACGAGCUUUUGUAUUCCAUGAUCCCGCAGACAGUUGCUGAUCGAUUGCGUGCUGGAGCUAGCCCUUUGAGCACCUGCGAGUCAUUCGAGUCAAUCUCCGUGCUGUUCUGCGAACUUUGCGACCUGGACUAUUCGACGAUCGAGGGCGCGAUGGACAUCGUCUCGUCGAUGAACGCUGUUUACUCCUGUUUUGACUCGUUGAUGGAUGAAUUUAACGUGUACAAAGUAAGUGUCGCGUGUAAUUCGAACGGACCACUUUCAUCGCGUCGAGAACAAAAGGAACAGGGACAGAGUAAUCCCGAUACUUCUAUAGAUCUCUUUCGCAAGAUAUUUGAUCUUUACGACUCUCAACAGGUGGAAACUGUUGGCCGGGUUUAUAUGGCAGCCAGUGGUGCACCGGAUAGAACGGAAAAUCACGCGCAAAACAUCGCAGACGUAUCGUUGCAGCUGCUAAAACACGUUCGAUCCCUUAAGUUACCCUCUGGCGUUGAUAUCCAAAUUCGUAUAGGUAUUCAUUCUGGACCAGCUGUGGCAGGUGUAGUUGGCAUCAAAGUACCUAGAUAUUGCUUCUUCGGUGACACUGUGAAUACCGCUUCCAGAAUGCAAACAACUAGCCUGCGGCUCGAUCAAUCUGUCAAUAUCAAUUAUUUUCAACGUUUUCACGGUCACACAGCCGGGCAAAGUACACAUCUCGUCGGAUGCGAAAGCGUUAUUACCACCGGAUCGCUAUCGCGUUGAAUCGCGCGGAUUGGUUUGGGUCAAGGGAUUCUUGCCCACCGUGUCGUAUAAUUCGCUGGUUUACUGUUCCGAGCAGGGUAAGGGUAACAUGGAAACUUAUUGGUUGUCCGACACAGUAGCAACGGACGUUAAAUCAACGGAGCAACAAGCUAAACCGGAAGGACUACUAGUCACUGAUAUUUAG